AUGCAUAGAAUCUUGUUGGAGGAUAAUUCUAAGAAUAACAUUGAAAGUCAAAGGAGAUCGAACCUUAUUAUGAAAGAAGUGGUCAAGAAAGAGAUCAUCAAGUGGUUAGAUGUUGAUAUUAUCUACCAUGUCUAUAAUUAUGUAUGGGUGACUCUAAUUCAAUGUGUGCUAAAGAAUGGUGGCAUGACAAUGGUCAGCAACGAGAAGAAGGAAUUAAUUCCUACAAGAACAAUUACAGGCUGGAGGAUCAACUAUAGGAAGCUGAACAGAGCCACUAGGAAGGAACACUUUCCUCUGCCAUUUAUUGAUCAGAUGUUGGAUAGGUUGGCUGGUAAAGAGUAUUAUUUCUUCUUAGAUGGGUAUUAUGGAUACAACCAAAUAGCCAUUACACCUAAAGACUAA